AUGAGACAAAAAAUGGAUCCAAAGUCAAGAAAGAUUGUGUUUGUUGGAUAUGAUCAAUUAACUGAUAAAAUUUAUCAAGUUUUUGAUCCAACAAAGAAAGAUGUGGAAAGAGUUUUUGAUGUUAUAAUUCAAAAUUUAUCAGAUGAAAAUAAUCAAGUAUUAUUUCCUUUACCGUUCGACAAGCAAGUAGAAGACUUUGAAGAACCGCCUAUUGAACCCUCAAGUUCAGGAAGUGACGAGAAAGAAGAGAAGGAUGAUUCUGAAGAAACAAUAGAUAAGUUAUAUAAGGAGGAAGUAAGUUCAAGUGACGAUUAUGAAGAAGCGUUAGAUGAUACAAAUGAAGAUUUGCUGAAAAUGAGAAAAAGAGGAUAA